AUGGUAUGAAGAUCGCAGCCGUUGGACAAGUUGCGCGGAUACCUUGAAUAUAGCUUUGAAAAGAUUGAGCUCUCUGAAGUCAACCGCGACGAAGCGUCGGCUGCGCGAGCCGCGAAGAAGAAACCGACACGUUGCUUGCUGGACUCUUGAGUCUUGUGUCUACGUCGUUUUAUCGGCUGCUGUUGUCCCGACUCGUGGGACCCCAGGAUCGUGUUCUCGAUGUCCAGCAAAAUGCUCCUGCCCUUCCUGGGCCUGCUUCUACUCUUGCUGAACGAUGCGUCGUGUCAGUACAGGACGAAAAGCAGCCAGACCGCUUCAUUGUCCGAUCGAGUGCAACAGCUCACAGACAUGGCCAUGAAGAGACCGGUGAUGAAGUUUAACACCGCCAAGUUUAAGGAAUUUGUUAAGACUACGCCGAGGAACUACUCUGUGAUCGUGAUGUUUACAGCCAUGGCUCCCCAGCGGCAGUGUCAGAUCUGCAGGCAUGCUAACGAUGAGUUUGUGAUAGUAGCCAACUCUUUCCGCUACUCCCAGUCUUACUCUAACAAGUUGUUCUUUGCUUUGGUUGAUUUUGACGAAGGUUCAGAGGUUUUCCAAAUGAUGAGGUUGAAUACUGCACCUGUUUACAUGCACUUCCCAGCAAAAGGUAAACCAAAGGCAGCUGAUACAAUGGACAUUCAAAGAGUUGGAUUCGCUGCUGAGGCUAUAGCUAAGUGGAUCUCUGAGCGUACUGAUAUUCAGAUACGUGUAUUUAGACCUCCCAGCUACUCUGGAACAGUGGCUGUUGUGAUGCUUUUAAUUUUGAUUGGUGGUUUCUUAUACUUAAGGAGAAACAAUCUUGAUUUCAUUUACAACAAAACCAUUUGGGGAUUUGGAGCACUGUUCUUCACUCUUACAAUGGUAUCUGGUCAAAUGUGGAACCAUAUCAGAAGCCCUCCAUUUAUCUACAAAUCACCUAAUGGCAAUGUGGCCUACAUUCAUGGAUCUUCACAAGGCCAAUUUGUUUUGGAAACAUACAUUGUUAUGGUUUUGAAUGGAGCAGUAGUUUUAGGUAUGAUUCUCAUGACUGAAGCUGCUUCUCGCAAGGGCGAUGUAAAGAAAAGGAGGAUAUUCACUGUGAUUGGAUUGGCCUUGGUAGCUAUAUUCUUCAGCUUGUUGCUGUCUAUCUUCAGGAACAAAGCUCAGGGCUACCCCUACAGCCUCCUCUUCAAGUAAAUCAAAAGCUUUCACUGGAUACUGCAGGUAUUGAUAUGUACUAUGCAUCUCAAUCACACCAAGACUUUUGUCAAAAAAGACUGUUUAACAUCCAUUGACAAAUAGUAUCCAAAUAAAAUGGAAACAAACUCGUGUAAUUUCCAUUUGAAGAUUAAUGCGUGUAUAGAUAUUUGUGUGAAGGAUUGCAGUCCUUACAAGUGAAACUUGUAAAUUCAGUUAAAUGUGUUUCCAGAUAACACUGUUUUAUUGUGUGCUUUAAAGUUUGGUAAAAUUUUGCAAAAAUGCAGCUAGUUUCAUGUGUUAUCUGGGGAGAUUUAAUUUUUCAAUUAAAUUAUUGACAUACUGCAUUUAACUUUAUCAAAACAUUUAUUUAGCAUUUUUUUAAUAAAAAAAUAUAGUAUUUUAUAAAAUUAAAAAUGUUUUUGUAAAACUAAAAUACAUAAGGUAUUAUUAUUUUUCGAGAUUUUGGAUAAUUUUCAAAUUUUCUGAGUGACCAUUCGUGAGAUAAAUAUGCACAUUCCAUCUGUAAAAGAAAGCACACAGAAUUGUUAGUUUUGUGAAAUACUUUAUAAAUAAAAUUUGAAUACAAAAUCGUCA